UCCCGGUCCCUCCCACGAGGGGGCGGGCUGAGGUCAAAUCUCCCGCCGGUCCCACAGCCGCACGCUGAUUGGCUCCGGGCCGGCAGCGCCGGCUCCCGAUUGGCCCGCACGCCGGGGAUAAAGAAGCACAGCGCGGGAACCAGCGCGAGCCUGCAGGGCGGCGGAGGAGGGUCCUCGAUUUGUGAUCUCCCUGAAGGCACCAUGAGCUGCAUCAACCUGCCCACCGUGCUGCCCGGCUCCCCCAGCAAGACGCGGGGGCAGAUCCAGGUGAUUCUCGGACCCAUGUUCUCAGGAAAAAGUACUGAGCUGAUGAGACGGGUCCGUCGCUUCCAGAUUGCCCAGUACAAGUGCCUGGUGAUCAAAUAUGCCAAAGACAUGCGUUACAGCAGCAACUUCUCCACGCAUGACCGGAACACCAUGGAGGCCCUGCCAGCCUGUGUGCUCCGGGAUGUGGCCCAGGAGGCCCUGGGCGUGGCUGUUAUAGGCAUCGACGAAGGGCAGUUUUUCCCCGACAUCGUGGAGUUCAGCGAGACCAUGGCCAAUGCCGGGAAGACCGUCAUUGUGGCUGCACUGGAUGGGACCUUCCAGAGGAAGGCUUUCGGGACCAUCCUGAACCUGGUACCCCUGGCCGAGAGUGUGGUGAAGCUGACGGCGGUGUGCAUGGAGUGCUUCCGAGAGGCCGCCUACACCAAGAGGCUGGGCGUGGAGAAAGAGGUCGAGGUGAUAGGAGGAGCAGACAAGUACCACUCCGUGUGCCGCCUCUGCUUCUUCAAGAAGGCGUCGGGGCAGCCUGCCGGGCUGGACAGCAAGGAGAAUAAAGAGAACUGCCCAGUGCUGGGAAAGCCCGGCGCGGCCACGGGAGCCAGGAAGCUAUUCGCUCCUCAUCAGAUCCUGCAGUGCAGCCCGGCCAACUGAGG